UAUAAUAAAAAAUUAGUAAAAACUCACUCACUUCAUCACUCAUUUAGCUUCUGAUUAAUACUACACAUAGCAUUCUAAUCCCCAAGUGUAGAGUUAAUUAAUUCUUAAUCAACAGUUUUAAUGAAUAAUAACUUAAGUGUUAGUUUCGUUUAUUAAGCUAGCAAAAAAAAACAAAUUUCCUGAAAAGGAAAAAUGAGAAAGAUUCUGUUUAUAUUUAUAGAGAGAUUUCUUUUCUUUACUGCUAUUAGUUUCUUUUCUCUCUUAUUUGGGUGACAUUCUGUUAAGUUUUACACACUCUCUCUCUUUCUCUAGGUGUGUGUGCUACUAGUUGCGUUGAGUGUAGCUAGUAAUGUGUGCAUGAGAAGAGAGAUUUGUGAGUCGGUUGAUUGAGAUUCCCCAUUUUCAUUGUUUAUUCAUUUUUGUUUUCUUUAUCUCUAAUCUUUACUGGGUUUGUGAGAUACUGAGGGAUUUGGGAUUUGGGUUUGCUUGGAGAUCUGGGCUUCUUGUUGCUCUUGUUGAGCUUUUUUUUCAUUGAAAAAGUAGAAGAAGAGGAAGAGAAGAAGAAGAAGAAGAAUCAUGGCAGGUGGUGGUGGAGCUCCAGCACCAAAACAGGACGAGUUACAACCUCAUCCAGUCAAAGAACAGCUUCCCAACAUUGCUUACUGCAUCACUAGUCCUCCUCCAUGGCCUGAAGCUAUCAUACUUGGUUUCCAGCACUAUAUUGUUAUGCUUGGGACCACUGUUAUCAUUCCUACAGCUCUUGUUCCUCAAAUGGGAGGAGGAAAUGAGGAAAAGGCUAAGGUGAUCCAGACCCUAUUGUUUGUUGCUGGUUUAAACACUCUCCUUCAAGCCUUGUUUGGAACAAGGUUACCAGCAGUGAUUGGAGGAUCAUAUACGUUUGUGAUGCCUACUAUUUCAAUAAUCUUGGCUGGUCGGUACAGCGACAUUGUGGAUCCUCGGGAGAAAUUUGAGAGGAUUAUGCGUGGAAUCCAAGGUGCUCUAAUUGUUGCCUCCACUCUUCAGAUUGUCUUGGGGUUCAGUGGCCUUUGGCGCAAUGUCGCAAGGUUCUUAAGUCCACUCUCAGCUGUUCCUUUGGUAGCUUUAGCUGGAUUUGGGCUCUACGAGCUUGGUUUCCCCGGUGUCGCCAAAUGUGUGGAGAUUGGACUUCCUCAACUCAUCUUAUUAGUAGUUUUCUCACAGUAUCUACCCCAUAUCAUUCACUCGGACAGGCACAUCUUCGACCGAUUCGCUGUUAUAUUUUCGGUGACAGUAAUAUGGGUUUAUGCUCACCUUCUUACUGUUGGUGGAGCCUAUAAGCAUGCAGCUCCAAAGACACAGUUGAGUUGUCGUACUGAUAAAGCUGGACUUGUGGGUGCUGCUCCCUGGAUACGGAUCCCCUAUCCAUUUCAAUUUGGUGCACCCACAUUUAAUGCAGGCGAGGCCUUUGCGAUGAUGGCUGCUUCAUUUGUUGCUCUCGUAGAGUCCACUGGAACCUACAUCGCUGUCUCCAGGUUUUCGAGCGCAACUCCUUUGCCACCUUCUGUCCUCAGCCGAGGUGUUGGUUGGCAGGGAGUUGGCAUUUUAUUUUCUGGAUUGUUUGGUACCGUGACGGGGUCAACUGUAUCUGUUGAGAAUGCUGGUUUGUUAGCUUUGACACGUAUUGGCAGCCGAAGGGUGGUGCAAAUAUCAGCUGGUUUCAUGAUAUUUUUUUCAAUCCUUGGAAAAUUUGGAGCUAUCUUUGCUUCCAUUCCAGCACCAAUUAUUGCAGGCCUGUAUUGCUUGUUCUUUGCUUACGUGGGUUCAUCUGGUCUCAGUUUCCUUCAAUUUUGUAACCUCAACAGCUUCAGAACCAAGUUCGUAUUAGGUUUCUCAUUCUUCAUGGGUUUAUCAGUGCCACAGUACUUCAAUGAGUACACUGUAAUCAAUGGUUAUGGUCCUGUCCAUACUAGAUCGAGAUGGUUCAACGAUAUGAUCAAUGUGCUUUUUUCAUCGGAGGCAUUCGUCGCGGGUUUCUUAGCACUGCUCAUGGAUUCAACAUUGCAUAGCAAAGAAAGUAAGAACGACAGGGGAAUGCAUUGGUGGAAGAAAUUCAGGUCUUUCAGGUCUGACACAAGAAGCGAAGAGUUCUAUUCUCUUCCUUUCAAUCUCAACAAGUUCUUCCCUUCUGUCUAAUUUGCUUCUCUUCGUCUUCCAUUCAAAGUCGGUGCGAUCAAGUUUUACUUUCCCUUAGGAAUGGGAAUAUUUUUGAGGGUGCAAUACAUGCUCUAAUAGAAUGAGGCUUUUUUUGAGAGGGCAAUACAUGCUAAUAUGCUUUAGUGUUCCUCACGCUACUAUUGUAUAAAAAUUUAAGUUUCCAUACGUUUCUGUAAACCCAAGCUGGAGCUGCAGGACUGAUCCCACUGGGCUUACACAUUUUUUAAUAGUAAUAUAUAUAUAGUUCUGGGCAA